CUCUCUCUCUCUCACUCUCUCUAUCCCCCCCUUCACCCCCCUUUUGUUGUUACCAGUGAUCGCUAGCAAUGCUGCCAUAGCAACCAGGAAACACUCCAGUGUGUAUGCAUGUGUAUGUGCGUGUGUGUGUGGGGAAGACACUAAACGCUAAAUGCUUGAGCAGCGCGGGACACUGUAGGAAAGGAGAGAUAUUCACUCCGACGUUGCAGGUUAUAAGGUUUCUGUGGAUGAUCUGAUAUUCCUGUGGAAUCAGAUUUUUGCCCCGGGUCAGGUGUAAUGGCCUCCAGCGGCGCAACUGCCCUCCUGCCCCCUGUGAAGAGCGUGGUGGUGUAUAAGAAUGGAGAUCCCUUCUUCUCAGGGAGGAGGUUUAUCGUGAAUCAGAGGCAGGUCUCUACCAUGGAGUCUUUCUUGAACGACGUGACUCUGAGCAUCGGAGCCCCGCUGGCCGUGCGGACGCUCUACACGCCACGCUACGGGCACCGGGUCGCCGAUCUGGAGCACCUGCAGCAGGGGGCGCAGUACGUGGCUGCCGGAUUCGAGAGGUUUAAGAAGCUCGAUUAUCUGAGUCUGGGAUCGAAGAGAACUCCUGCGGCUCGAAACGGAGACUACAUGCAGGCUAGAGGAAUCAACAGACCCAACGUGUCCGCAAAAUGGAGGAAGGUUAUAACUCUGCCCUGCAUUAUACAUGUGUUCAGGAACGGGGACGUCCUCAGUCCCGCCAUGCGCUUCAUCAUCCCUCGAAGCGUCCUGAAAAACCUGGAGCAGAUUCUCAGCCUGGUCUCAGAGAAAGCCAUGCUGCGCACCGGCGCUGUUCGCAGGCUGUGCACUCUGGACGGUGUGACGGUGACAUCGGCCGAGGAGCUGGAGAGCGGACAGUGUUACGUAGCCGUCGGAGCCGAGCGCUUCAAGAAACUUCCGUACGUGGAGCUGCUGCUGAACAAAGCGCCUGGUGGCAGUGCAGACAGACACUACGUGGCAGAUCGUGGCCUGCACAGGAGGUCAGAGAACAGGAAGUUUCCUCAGGACAGCAACAGUGACUCCGCCCUCCUUCACUCAUCAGAGAGGGACGGCAGGCGUGUGAAGUCCACGGGAGACGAGGCCGAGGCGGAGGGAGAGAAUCUGUCUCAGCAGCUGCAGAGGAGGAGAGAAGGAGGAAGGGAAAGAGAGGAGCACUCCAAUUUUUAUGCCAAACCCGUCCAAGUGCGCAAACACAGACCCCCACACAGAGUUGCACCCAGAGGCACAGGCCAAGCAAGUGUGUUUAAGGGGGUAGGGCGGAGGAGAGAGGAGGUGCGAGGAGCUGAGGAGGUGGCUGAGGAUGAGAGCACGGCUGUGGAGCUUCCUGUAGAUCAGAGGGUUGCUGAAAUCGUUCAGGAAGAGGAGCUCAACCACAGCCAACCCGAAACAACAAAUCACAUACAUCAGACAGGAGCACCUGAUGAUCGCAUGACCUCAUCCACACGCUCCAGUCCAUCUCCUAGCAACAGAGAGAACAACGUGAAGGAGUACGGCCCGUCUGAUGAAGAGACCUCGUUACAGAGACGAAGCUCUUCUCCGAGCACGGAGGCGGAAGAGCGGGAUGAGGACCUACUCAGCGAAGACCUGGACCAUGAAAGAGGCCAAGAUGAUAAAGAUGAAGGUCCGGAGGAAGCUGAAGAACCGGAGACGCAGGACCAUAUCCGUCCUCCCUCCUCAUCCUCACAGCAUAAAGAGUGACACGUUGUUAUAUCAGAUAUCAAACACAACCAUAAAUACCUACCCCCAUAACUCCUCCUCCACCACCACCACAUGCUGUUUAAAGUCUAGCUCUAACCUUUUAU